AGGCGCACCGCCUCUCCAAGCGCGGAUUGGCCGGAGCUGCGUCCGUCAAUGCGAACAGACUCCCCCGCCUCUCCAGCUGGCCCCCAGCGGGCAACACAUUCUCGAGAAUUUCCCGCAGAAGAGCCAGUGGCUGUUCUGCUUGUUCCAAAGAUCGGAAACAUCGGAGAAGGCAAUUUAUUUACCAACCAAGAAAGCCCCUCCCCCGACCUCGUUAGCUAAUUAAACAUUUUCCAGGCACAUAACCAUCACGAGUGGAAUGUGUUACUUCUCUUAGAUACUUGAUAACCAGAGAUGCUGUCUCCACCGCCUCCAACAUUGUCAUAAAAGAAUUGCAUCAUUUUUCUUGAAGACAUUCCAUUAUUGUUCAUUGACCUUUCCCUGACUACUGAGUCCUUUGGAUUUGAGUUAUGUCAACAGCUGCCUUAAUUACUUUGGUUAGAAGUGGUGGGAGCCAGGUGAGAAGGAGAGUGCUGCUAAGCUCCCGCCUGCUGCAGGAUGACCGGCGGGUGACACCCACAUGCCACAGCUCCACUUCAGAGCCCAGGUGUUCUCGGUUUGACCCAGAUGGUAGUGGGCGUCCAGCCACCUGGGAUAAUUUUGGGAUCUGGGACAACCGCAUUGAUGAGCCAAUUCUGCUACCGCCCAGCAUUAAGUAUGGCAAGCCAAUACCCAAAAUCAGCUUGGAGAAGGUGGGCUGUGCCUCACAGAUUGGCAAACGGAAAGAGAAUGAAGAUAGAUUUGACUUUGCUCAGCUGACCGAUGAGGUCCUGUAUUUUGCGGUUUACGAUGGACAUGGCGGGCCUGCAGCUGCUGAUUUCUGUCAAACCCACAUGGAGAAAUGCAUCAUGGAUUUGCUUCCCAAGGAGAAGAACUUGGAAACUGUGUUGACCUUGGCUUUUCUAGAAAUAGAUAAAGCCUUUGCGAGUCAUGCCCAUCUGUCUGCUGAUGCAACCGUUAUGACCUCUGGGACUACUGCCACAGUAGCCCUGUUGAGAGACGGUAUUGAGCUGGUUGUCGCCAGUGUUGGGGAUAGCCGGGCUAUUUUGUGUAGAAAAGGAAAAUCCAUCAAGCUGACCAUUGACCAUACUCCGGAGAGAAAAGAUGAAAAAGAAAGGAUCAAGAAGUGUGGCGGUUUUGUGGCGUGGAAUAGUUUGGGACAGCCUCAUGUGAAUGGCAGACUUGCGAUGACAAGGAGUCUUGGAGACUUGGAUCUUAAAAGCAGUGGUGUGAUAGCAGAACCAGAAACAAAGAGGAUUCAGCUACAUCAUGCCCAUGACAGCUUCUUGGUCCUCACUACGGAUGGAAUUAACUUCAUGGUGAAUAGUCAAGAGAUUUGUGACUUCGUCAAUCAGUGCCAUGAUCCCACUGAAGCGGCCCAUGCAGUGACUGAACAGGCAAUGCUGUAUGGUGCUGAAGACAACAGUACGGUCAUCGUGGUGCCGUUUGGUGCUUGGGGGAAAUACAAGAACUCCGAAAUCAACUUCUCCUUCAGCCGAAGCUUCGCCUCCAGUGGACGAUGGGCCUGAGUGCUGGCUGGGACUUCGAGUUUCUGUGCAUCAGUUUUUCACUAAGUAUAUAAAGAAACUGACUAGAUAAAAACGUCAACUGUACCAGAGUAACCCUGUGACUCCCUAGAUCAGUACACAAGCUAGUGUAAGCUUAGUAACCAUUUACAUAACCAUUAACCAUGUCAGAAACAGCCGUCAUAUUUAUGUUCAACUGUACAUACUUGGUAUAAAUGUAUGUGUAAUUCAGUUACUGUGAGUCUCUAAGCUGAGUGAGCACAUGAAAAGUGGUUUGAUAUACUUGCUGAGUACUACAUUUCUAAUUUUAAAAACUCUUAGGCAGCUAUGAGUUUCUUUUGAUCACUUUUGUUUAUCCAUUUGAACAGGUUCUUGUCUUCAAAUUCUUUAAUAGUAGUCAGUAUUUUUCACAAUUCCUCAAUGUAUUGUCAGCAAAUGUUUUAAUUUUUAAUAACUGUACCAAGGAAUUAGUGUGGAAACUGAGUUCUCUGUGACUAUAUUUUGUAUUCUGGACCACUUAACUGGUCAGUGUAACAAUGUGAAAGAAAUUAA